GAUUGGCACUUCGCUUGCUCAAACGAAGCAGGCAUCGGCAAAAGAAGACUCUGACCUGAACGCCCCUCCGCUUCUGUGCUGAACACAACAAGUCUAGUUUUUAUGAUCGAAACAAACAAAUCCUGGCCAGACUCCAGCCUUCUUUAGCCACUUAAUAAGUGGCUGAACAAACCCCAACUCCCAGCUAUUGGGGUUGGCAUGAUGGAGGUUAGAACCUGGAUUGAACCUGUGGUUGCCGCAGCUCAGCUUGCCAGCUCUUUCUACGACACUGGGCUGCUGCUAGUUGUGAAGAAUUACUACAACCACACCAAUUCUUCCUCCCUCAGCGCCAGUGAAGGAGCACAACAGAAAGCCAUCUCCAACUUCUACAUCAUCUACAACCUCCUCCAGGGCCUGACCCCGCUGCUGUCGGCGUACAGCCUGGCUAGGCUGGGAGAUGUGAAGGACAGGAAGAUCUCCAUCUGCGUACCCCUUCUUGGCUACUUGCUCUCUCGGACCCUUCUACUCCUUCUGAUCCUGCUGCCGUGGCCAAUCGAGGUGAUGUACGGGGCAGCUGUCUUACAUGGCCUGAGUGGCGGGUUCACCACUUACUGGGCCAGCGUCAUGGCAGUGGCAUCUUUGAGCUCCUCAGAGAGUAGGAGAUCACUGCGCCUCUUUGCUAUUGAGCUCAUCUAUGGCAUAGCGGGCUUCCUAGGGAGCAUAGCCUCCGGACACCUCUUUGUCUCUUUCCACCUCGGUUACCAGCAUGGCACGGUGCUGGUUUCUUCCAGUAUUGCCUUAUAUGCUUUUUGUCUUUUCUACAGUCUGUUUGUCCUUAAAGUUCCCAAACCUGCUGGUUCUGGCCCAGCUGCUUCUGCAGACACGGACCAUUCCAACAGCAAGCUGACCGAUAACGAAGACGAUUCUGUCUGCCAAACGACGGAGCACCGACGUACUCUAGCACCUUCCAAGCUCAUUAUUAUCAUGCUGUUUGUGGGGGGCAUCAUGUAUGAUUUAUCCGUGGCAGGAGCCAUAGACGUGCUGCCACUCUUUUUGCUUAAAGAGCCUCUCCGCUGGGGACCAGAAUAUAUUGGAUAUUCCUAUGCUGCCGGCUACGUGAUCUUUAUCACCAGUUUCCUGGGCGUCUUUGUGUUCUCCAGGUUUUUAAGGGACACCACAAUGAUCAUGAUCGGGAUUGUGUCCUUUGCUGCUGGCAUCUUCAUCAUGGCCUUUGUGCAAUGGACAUACCUGUUUUACAUUGCUCGUGUUGUUAUGCUGUUUUCCCUCAUUCCAAUGCCGACCAUCAGAUCUGUGUUAUCCAAACACGUAGAGGGUUCCUCAUACGGGAAAGUGUUUGUUCUGCUGCAGUUGUCACUGGUAGUUACAGGGGUUGUGACAUCAACAGUCUAUAAUAAAAUCUACCAAAGCACGUUGGACUGGUUCGGGGGUUUCUGCUUCCUCUUGUCAUUCGGCGUAAGUUGCUUAAGCCUCAUUCCUAUUAGUAUCGUAGCAUACAAGCAACACACCUCAUCUGGAUCACUGGAGAUUUUAACGGAAUAAGCACCAACAAGCAUGCAUUCAUUUCGGAAACAGACAUUUUGGGCAGAACCUGUUCCCAGAUUGGGUGGGCCAGAGUAUAUAUUGCUAUUUUUUUAAAGCAAUUUUUGGCCUUGUGAUUGGUUGCAUCGAGAGAGAUUUUAGGAACCAGUCUCAAUGUUCUCAGCAUUCUCAAGUGAUGGUACAGGAGGAAUGUUUAUACUACAGGGAGUUUAUUUGCUUGAGAAAGCCCUGCUUAGGACGAAUUCUGGUUUAAUCCUGACCUUAGCCCGUUCUCCCACUUUUGACUUCGGACCCAAAAAGCAGAUGUGUGGCAUAAAGAAAAGGCAUUGCUAUGUGAAGGGUCUUGCCCCCUUCUUUUUACAAUAGAAUCAGUUAUCAUCAAAGUCCCAGUUGAGGUUGGAACAUUGUAUUGGCUUAUAGCUUCAUAUGGCUGAGUUUCAGUUACAACAUGAACAGAGGAAAGCCGAUACAGAACACCUCUGAAGGUGGAACAGUCAGAUAUACACCCAUGCUUGGACUAUUUGGUGAGCAGAAGCUACAACCAGGAGAUGUCAUGGCCAUCAAUGGACAAGAUGAAGAUCCUCAGGUUUGCCUGAUAUUAGUGAGAUUAUUGCAUAGAAGCUACAUCCAAGUCUGAACAUAUUCUAUGGAACUCCUACCAAUUUAAAAUGACUUGGUGACCUUCAGCCACGAACACACAAAAAGGUACCUCAACCUUUGACUGUACAUUUCUUUUUUGCCAUGUUCCUCAUGUUCCUGAUGGGAGAUCUCCUUUAGUGGUACACAGCAGUUAAGUCUUUCCACUUUCCCCUCACCUUUGGUUGUAUUUAUAGCUCUCUGUCUCCAUCCUACACUCCAACGUUCAAUGACACAAAGCAUUUAUACCUGUGGGUAGUGCAAUAUCCAAACUUGCUUUACCUCCAAUCUGCUAAGUAGCAUUAUAGGGGGAAGAGAAUAGGGUAUAAGAAUGCUGGUGGGGAAACUUCCAUCUUUUAAUGUGCAAGGAAGGUGGCAGAAUAUGGGUGGUCUGGUUUUAGGCAGUACACAUCAUGCAGCAAAACCAGCUUGGUUGGUAUCUGAGUGCCCAUCUGCCCACCUAAAAGAUGGGGCAUGAAGCAACCAGUCCAGCAAUUUUUCAUUUGACUUCUAUAGCCUGUUUCAGACAUGUGUUUAAAUCUCUCUCAUAAAAUAACACAGAAUUUACCCUUUUCUGCUGACAUAUUAAUAUAUGCUUUCUGAAAGUAAUCUCCAAGAUCUAUGCUUGGAGCAUGCGCCAAGACUGAAGGCAUCAUAUACAUGGUAAAAUGAUACUCCGAGCCAUCACGGCAAUUGGUAAAGAAAUUUAAUAUAUUUAUUGGUCCAUUCCUUUAGUAAACGAGAAAACAGUAUUCAAAAAUGUACACACACAGUUUAAUCAAGCAUUACAAAUCUGUUUCCCCAUUCAAAAAGUUUCAAUUACAUAAUAAACACAGUACUUUUUUAUAUACAUACACAUAUAUGAAAAGGUAAGCACGCCAUUACUAGCACUUGGCCAGACCCUUGGGGCACAAUCUGCUGGGACAUUCUCUUUUGCAAGCCCACUUUGCUCAUCCUUUUCAAGGAGACAUGUAGAGGGCUUUCUGGUUACUUGUGGACUUACAGCCCAAGAGUUUAAACAAGGUUAAAAAACUCAACUCCCUGCAAAUCAGAAAGGGAUAUGUAAACACAUGCCUCUGGAUGUGGGUAGAAGACCAAUGUGUACAGUAUCCAUUACCUAGACAUUUUCAGUUUUAAUUUUGACUUCAUAAAUUCAUUUUUACAGUAAAUAUAGUAACUUUUAGGUUUCUUGGGUGUCUCAUCUAAAGCCAUCAUUUUAAUCUUUUAAUCUUUGUUAUGACGAGGGGCUAAGACCUUUUUUUAACUACCACGAUACUGCUGUUUUCAGAUUGACUUUAAGACCGGAUAAAAUACUGUAAAAAAAAUUCUGUAAAUAGAUUUCACAAGUACAUAA